AUGGAGCUGCGUAUCUACCUACUGUCCUUGAUGUGCAUCACACUUCUUAAAGGCUUGUGUGAGUGCUUCAACAUUGACGUCGCGCAUCCAAGGAUCUUCAGCGGUUCUGAUAACGCACUCUUCGGCUUCUCUGUGUUACAGCACGAAACAGAGGCAGAGAAAUCAAUGCUUGUUGGUGCUCCAUGGGACGGGACGCCCAACAACAGGAAAGGAGAUGUGUACAAAUGCACCAUGGGAGAGGAAAGCAACUCCAAUUGCAGCAAAUUGAAUUUAGGGGAGACUGCCUUCCAUAACAUAUCCAAAAACCUGAAGAACUCUCAUCUGGGCAUGACCCUCACGCCUGACUCACCUGAUGGCCUUUUGGUGUGUGCGCCACUGUUUUCUCAAGAGUGCGGCACAUCCAUGUUCAGCACAGGCAUCUGCGCCUCCGUCAGUGACGACCUCCAGCCAAGAGAAACAAUUGCUCCAACGGCGCAACGGUGUACAACCUACAUGGACAUAGUGAUCGUGCUGGAUGGCUCUAACAGCAUUUAUCCCUGGUUUGAGGUGCAGAGCUUCCUCAGCAACAUCCUUAGCAAGUUCCACAUCAGUCCAGACCAAAUGCAGGUAGGAAUCCUGCAGUAUGGCGAGGUGGCACUUCACGAGUGGUCCCUGAAAGACUACCAGACCACACAAGAGGUGGUGGAGGCCGCCAAGAACAUCAGCCGCCAGGAGGGACGAGAGACACGCACCGCAUACGCCAUCAAUAUGGCCUGUACUGAGGCCUUCAGUGCCGAGCGUGGGGCACGGGAGGGGGCAACCAAAGUGAUGAUUGUCGUGACGGAUGGGGAGUCGCAUGACGGUGAAGAGCUCCCCGACGCUCUACUGGAGUGCGAGACCAGAAACAUCACCAGAUAUGCCAUUGCUGUUUUGGGUCACUACCACAGGAGGCAGCAGGACCCUGAUACCUUCAUCAAUGAAAUCAAGUACAUUGCCAGCGAUCCUGAUGACAAGUACUUUUUUAACGUGACGGAUGAGGCAGCGCUCAAUGACAUCGUGGAUGCUUUGGGAGACCGCAUCUUCUCACUUGAAGGCACACUAGGCAACCAGAGCUCCUUCCACAUGGAGAUGUCCCAGAUCGGCUUCUCCACACACAUGCUGGAUGAUGGAAUUCUGUUUGGGAUCGUGGGUGCUUACGACUGGGAUGGCGGUGUCUUAAAGGAGGGCACCAAUGGGAGAAUCAUGCCGGCCAGGGAGGCCUUCGAGAGCGAGUUCCCCCUGGAGCUAAAAAAUCACGCAGCUUAUCUAGGCUAUACUGUGUCCUCUGUGGUGGUCGGUGACUGGAGAAGGCUUUACGUGGCUGGCGCUCCACGCUUCAAGCACAAAGGCAAAGUUAUCUUGUUUGAACUCAGCGACAAUGGCGACGUCAACAUUGUGCAGGCGCUCAAUGGAGAACAGAUUGGGUCUUACUAUGGAAGUGAGCUGUGUGGUGUCGAUGUCGACCAGGACGGAAUCACUGAUGUGCUCCUGGUUGCAGCUCCCAUGUACCUUGGCUCGGGGAACAAGGAGGCUGGUAGAGUCUACAUCUAUACUCUUAGUGGGGAGGAAGUGUUUGUCUCAAAUGGAACCCUGAAUUCAGACGAAAAGUCCCAAGAUGCCAGGUUUGGCUACGCAAUGGCCGUUGCUCCAGACCUUAACCAUGACGGAUUCACUGACUUGCUGGUGGGCGCCCCAUUGGAAGAUGACCACCAUGGGGCUGUUUAUGUGUACCACGGCCAAAGUAUUUACAUAAUCCACAACUACAAGCAGCGUAUUCCAGGGAUGUCAGUGUCCCCAUCCUUGCAAUAUUUUGGCCGCAGUGUCAGUGCCAGAUUGGACUUGGAUGGAGACGGGUUAAUCGACUUGGCGGUGGGAGCCCAUGGCAGUGCUGUUCUGCUAAGAUCUCGAAGUAUCGUACAAAUCAACGUCAGCCUGUCCUUCCAGCCACACUCGAUCAACGUCAUCCAAAAGACAUGCCAGCGUGGUGGCCGAGAGUCCGCUUGCCUUGAUGCCACUGCCUGUUUCACGGCUGUGUCGCGCUCUCCUGGACCACACAGCAACGGCUUUGACCUGUGGGUGGCAGCCAUGUUGGAUGACAGGAAAUUGUCAGCCCGGGCUCUCUUUGACGAGAGCUCCCACAGGCUGACCCAGCUGGCAGUGCGAGCUCAGACGGGACAGACUCUGUGCUACAAGCUUCCCUUUCACGUCUAUGACACGGCAGAUUACAUCCGCCCCAUCAGCUUCUCGUUGCGCUUCAAGAUCAACAACACCGAGAGUGGUCCCGUAUUGGACGAGGGCUGGCCGACAUCUGUCAAGAAAUAUAUCCCCUUCUUUAAAGACUGCGGUGAGGACGAUGUGUGCACCACCAAUUUGGUGCUGCAGGCCCAAAUGGACAUCUCAGGGACAAGGCAUAAGCCUUAUGUGAUUCGCAGUCCUCGUAGGCGUAUGUCAGUGGAAGUUCAACUGGAGAACAGACUGGAAAAUGCCUACAACACAAGCCUGACACUGCAUUAUUCACGCAACCUGCACUUUUCCAGUCUCAGUAUUAGGGAGGAUGGCAACUUCAAGAUCGAGUGUACAGGCCUAGGAUCCAAUAGCCAUUUGUGUAACGUCAGUUACCCGGUGUUUCGCUCCCAGUCCAAGGUGAAUUUCAUGCUGGAGUUUGAGUUCAGCUGCACCACACUGCACAGUCGAGUCCAAAUGAAGUUGAAUGUAGCCAGCGACAGUGUGGAGCGUCCGGACACUUUAGGGGACAACAGUGUUCAGCUCCAGAGUUUUGUUCAGUAUGAACCUGAUCUGUUCGUCAGCAGCGACUCCAAUUUAAACAGAUAUGAAGUGCAUCCCACACGAACAAUGUCUGAAGCCAUUGGACCAGAGUUCUACACACAUUUUAAGCUCCAGAACCUGGGUUGCUACCCUGUGAGCAACCUGGAACUGAGGCUGCUUCUGCCUGCCGUGGCGGCGGAAGACAGAGUGUUUAUGACAGUCACAGACAUCUCCUCCCACAAUGCAACAGCCGUGAAUUGUAGUGUGAUGAGUGAUCUAGCUGAAAUAAAGGGCCGACAGGGUGACGUUCAUCCCCUCCACCCUGAAGACAUGUUGCCGAAUGAUGUCUUGAAUUGUAGUAGGUCAUGGUGCAUAGAAGUUACGUGUCAAGUCCAGCAGUUACUGAAAGGACAAGCUGAAGUGAUUCGUCUUAGCCGCAGAGUCAACGACGACUUUUUCAGAAAGGCCAAAUAUAAGUCUGCAAGGAUAGUUGGCUUGUAUCAGAUUGCACCUCACGAGACCAAUCUCAUCACUCUGGCAACAGGAACAGUGUGGCGGGAGACUAUACUGGAGGUGCUGAAGGGAAGAGCCAUUCCCAUCUCACUGUGGAUCCUAAUUGGGAGCAUCAUUGGUGGUUUGCUGCUACUGGCGCUCAUCAUCUUUAUACUAUGGAAGCUCGGCUUUUUCGCACGCAAACACAGAGAAGAUGAGAACCAAGAGGAGUGA